UUUUUUCAAACAUAAGCCAAAACAAGUAUAGUACUACAAGUAUAACAAAAAUAUUAAUAUAUUUAAAGUAACUUUAAGAGUGUAUUUAAACAAUAAAGAUAAACGUCAAUAAUGUCUAUCGGAACCAUUUACGAAACAGCCUACAAAGGAGAUUUUAAUCAAGUUAAAGUAAAAAUAGAUAAUGAUAAGUCCAUAAUUGAAACACCCGAUUCGAAUGGCCGUCUUCUUAUUCAUUGGGCUGCAUUAGGUGGCAAUAAAAAUUUGGUUGAUUUUUUAAUUGAGUUAGGUUCACCUAUAAAUUCUGUUGAUGACACCAAUAGCAGCCCAAUUAUAUUAGCUGCAUCAGCAGGAAGGUAUGAGGUUGUUAAAUUGCUCAUUGAUAAAGGUGCAAAUGUAAAUCAUAAAACAUGUCGUGGACAAACACCUCUUCAUUAUGCAUCUUCUAAGGGACACAAAGAGAUUGUUAAGCUGCUAAUUGAUUCUGAAGCUAGAGUCAAUGAAGUUGAUGAGCUAAAAGCAACACCACUGCAUAGAGCUGCCGCUCAAGGCAGAAGUAGUAUUGUAGAAUUACUUUUGGAAAGUCCCUCAAUCAAUGUUGAUCUUUGUGAUUCUACAGGAUGUACUGCUUUACAUCUUGCCUGUGAGGAAGAAAGAGAAGCAGUAGCCUGUAUGUUGGUUAAAGCUGGUGCAAGUGUUAGUAUACAAAAUAAAGAAGGCAAAACACCACUUGACUUAUGUUCUGAGAAACUGAAAAACAUGUUGCAUAAUUUAUUACAAUAA